UUUCUCUUUUCCUUCCAGAAAGGGAACUCCAGGACGGGUCCUCGGCACCUGGGAGCUGCUGCCAAAACCCAUCGUGGUCCUGCAAGGGCAGCAGGGACCCUGCAGCCGGACCAAGCCGCUGGGGGAGCUCGGGGCUGGGGCCAGCAUGGGGGGAUUGUGGCUGGCCAGGCUCGUGCUGGGCUGCACAGCCGCGCUGGCGCUGACCCCCGCCCGGGGACAGCCCCAGGGGGACCUGCAGCCCGACAGGUUCGCAGCCUACGAGGAGAGACCCCCGAGCAGAGUGAGGAGAAGGGGCCAGGACUCGCUGCGGGGCCCAAAUGUCUGCGGUUCGAGGUUCCAUUCCUACUGCUGUCCCGGCUGGAAAACUCUGCCUGGAGGGAACCAGUGCAUCGUCCCGAUCUGCAGGAAUUCCUGCGGGGAUGGAUUCUGCUCCCGGCCCAACAUGUGCACCUGCUCCAAUGGACAGCUGUCCCCCAACUGCGGCUCCGCUGGAGUGCAGAGCUGCAGCGUGCGGUGCAUGAACGGGGGCAGCUGCUCCGAGGAGUCCUGCCUGUGCCAAAAAGGAUUCACUGGGACCUACUGCGGGCAGCCCGUGUGUGAGAACGGCUGCCAGAACGGGGGCAGGUGCAUCGGCCCCAACCGCUGCGCCUGCGUCUACGGCUUCACCGGCCCCCAGUGCGAGAGAGAUUAUCGCACCGGGCCCUGCUUCAGCCAGGUGAACAACCAGAUGUGCCAGGGGCAGCUGAGCGGCAUCGUGUGCACCAAGAGCCUGUGCUGCGCCAGCAUCGGCCGCGCCUGGGGCCACCCGUGCGAGCUGUGCCCCGCCCAGCCGCAGCCCUGCCGCCGGGGCUUCAUCCCCAACAUCCGCACCGGGGCCUCUGCAGACGUGGAUGAGUGCCAGGCCAUCCCCGGCCUCUGCCAAGGCGGGAACUGCAUCAACACCGUGGGAUCCUACGAGUGCAAAUGUCCUGCAGGGCACAAGCAGAGCGAGACCAGCCACAGGUGUGAAGACGUGGACGAGUGCGGGGCCAUGCCCGGGGUGUGUGACGGAGGCGACUGCACCAACACCGUGGGCAGCUACGUGUGCUCCUGCCCCCGGGGCUUCAGCAGCAGCCCCGACGGAUCCCGCUGCCUGGACCAGCGUUUGGGGACGUGUUUCUCGGCGCUGCUGGGUGGCCGCUGCGCGGGUGACAUUCCGGGCCAGGCCAGCAGGAUGCAGUGCUGCUGUGACUCGGGGCGCUGCUGGGCCAUCGGCCAGACCCCCGAGAUGUGCCCGGUGCGGGGCUCGGACGAGUACCGCAGGCUCUGCAUCGAGGGGCUCCCGGUGGUUCCAGGCUUCCCCGGGAACUUCCCAGGAAUUCCUGGGUUCAAUCCCAACGGGGUGGGGCCGGGGCUGAACGGGCCCGGAGGGAUCGGCCCCAACGGGGCCAACGGGCAGGGCGGGAUCCCGGGGCUGCCCGGGAUGGGCCCGGGGAGCUCCAGCAUCGGAACAGCCACACUGAACCAGACCAUCGACAUCUGCAAACACUUCACCAACCUGUGCCUGAACGGGCGCUGCAUCCCCACCCCGUCCAGCUACCGCUGCGAGUGCAACAUGGGCUACAAGCAGGACGUGCGAGGGGAGUGCAUUGAUGUGGACGAGUGCUCGAGCAGCCCCUGCGUGCACGGCGACUGUGUCAACACCCCGGGCUCCUACCACUGCAAGUGCCACGAGGGCUUCCAGAGCACCCCCACCAAGCAGGCCUGCAUUGACAUUGAUGAGUGCAUCAUGAACGGGGUGAUGUGCAGGAACGGGCGCUGCGUCAACACCGACGGCAGCUUCCAGUGCAUCUGCAACGCCGGCUUCGAGAUCACCCCCGACGGCAAGAACUGCGUGGACCACGACGAGUGUGCCACCACCAACAUGUGCCUCAACGGGAUGUGCAUCAACGAGGACGGGAGCUUCAAGUGCAUCUGCAAACCUGGAUUUGUGCUGGCUCCCAACGGGCGCUACUGCGUGGGUGAGGGCUCUCAGGCAAAGAUAAGGGAAGUUCUCGACUCGGAAGAUUCAAAUAGAAAUGCAGAGUUACAAAGAACAGUCCCAGCCUGGGGGACUGGCUCAUGGCUCUGCUCUGCUCUCUCCCCAGCGGAGUUCCAGGCUCUGUGCAGCAGCGGCAUCGGGAUCACGGCUGAUGGCAGAGACAUCAACGAGUGCGCCCUCAACCCCGACAUCUGCCCCAACGGGAUGUGCGAGAACCUGCGGGGCAGCUACCGCUGCAUCUGCAACCUGGGCUACGAGUCCGACCCCACGGGCAAGAACUGCGUGGAUGUGGACGAGUGCAGCGUGAACAGGCUGCUGUGUGACAACGGGCUGUGCAGGAACACCCCUGGCAGCUACACCUGCACCUGCCCCAAGGGCUUCGUGUUCCGCACCGAGACCGACACCUGCGAAGACAUCAACGAGUGCACGUCCAACCCGUGUGUGAACGGGCUGUGCAGGAACAACGCCGGCUCCUUCGCCUGCGAGUGCUCCCCGGGCAGCAAACUGGACCCCAGUGGCACCAUCUGUGUGGACAGCAUGAAGGGAACCUGCUGGCUCAACAUCCAGGACGGGCGCUGCGAGGUCAACAUCAACGGGGCCACGCUGAAAUCCGAGUGCUGUGCCACCCUGGGGGCAGCCUGGGGCAGCCCCUGCGAGCGCUGCGAGAUCGACACCGCCUGUCCCCGGGGCUAUGCCCGCAUGAAGGGCGUCACCUGUGAAGACGUGAACGAGUGCGAGGUGUUCCCGGGCGUGUGCCCCAACGGGCGCUGUGUGAACUCAGCCGGCUCCUUCCGCUGCGAGUGCCCCGAGGGGCUGACCCUGGAUGGCACUGCCAGGACCUGUGUGGACGUGCGGGUGGAGCAGUGCUACAUGCGCUGGGACGAGGACGAGUGCACGGAGCCUCUGCCCGGCAAGUUCCGCAUGGACCUGUGCUGCUGCUCCGUGGGCUCGGCCUGGGGCUCCGACUGCGAGGAGUGUCNAUCCCCCUCUGGGCUGGAGUGGUUCAUGGGGAUCCCCCCUCUGGGCUGGGAGGGGUUCAUAGGGACCCCCCUCUACGAGUGCAAGGUGUUCUCGGGGCUCUGCACCCACGGCACCUGCAGGAACACCAUCGGCAGCUUCAGGUGCAUCUGCGGCAAUGGGUUUGCUCUGGAUGCUGAGGAGAGGAACUGCACAGACAUCGACGAGUGCCGCAUCUCCCCCGACCUGUGCGGCCACGGCUCCUGCGUCAACACCCCGGGCAGCUUCGAGUGCGAGUGCUUCGAGGGCUACGAGAGCGGCUUCAUGAUGAUGAAGAACUGCAUGGACAUCAACGAGUGCGAGCGGGACCCGCUGCUGUGCCGGGGCGGGAUCUGCAUGAACACCGAGGGCAGCUUCGAGUGCAUCUGCCCCCCAGGGCACGAGCUGACAGCCGAGGGCAACACCUGCAUUGACAUCAACGAGUGCUCGCUCAGUGACAAUCUGUGUCGCAACGGGCGCUGUGUCAACGUCAUCGGCACCUACCAGUGCUCCUGCGACCCGGGGUUCCAGGCCACGCCCGACAGGCAGGGCUGUGUGGACAUCGACGAGUGCACCAUCACCAACGGGGGCUGUGACACGCACUGCUCCAACUCCGAGGGCAGCUACGAGUGCAGCUGCAGCGAGGGCUACGCCCUGAUGCCAGACAAGAGGUCCUGUGCAGAUAUUGAUGAGUGCGAGGACAACCCCGACAUCUGUGACGGGGGGCAGUGCACCAACAUCCCCGGCGAGUACCGCUGCCUCUGCUUCGACGGCUUCAUGGCCUCCCUGGACAUGAAGACCUGCAUUGAUGUGAACGAGUGCGACCUCAACCCCAACAUCUGCCUGCACGGCGAGUGCGAGAACACCAAGGGCUCCUUCAUCUGCCACUGCCAGCUGGGCUACUUCGUCAAGAAGGGGACCACGGGCUGCACAGACAUCGAUGAGUGUGAGAUUGGGGCCCACAACUGCGACGUUCACGCCUCCUGCAUCAACAUCCCCGGCAGCUUCAAGUGCAAGUGCCGCUCGGGCUGGCUCGGGGACGGGCUCAAGUGCAACGACCUGGAUGAGUGUGCAACUGAGGAGCACAAGUGCAACCUGAACGCCAACUGCGUGAACACGCCGGGCUCGUACCGCUGCGCCUGCCGGGACGGCUUCAACGGCGACGGCUUCUCCUGCUCGGACGUGGACGAGUGUGCAGACAACGUGAACCUGUGUGAGAACGGGCAGUGCCUGAACGCGCCCGGCGGGUACCGCUGCGAGUGCGAGAUGGGCUUCAACCCCACCCAGGACAGCAGGGCCUGCCAGGACAUUGAUGAAUGCACCUUCCAGAACAUCUGUGUGUUCGGCACCUGCCAGAACCUGCCCGGGAUGUUCCGCUGUGCCUGUGAUGAUGGAUACGAGCUGGACAGGAGUGGGGGCAACUGCACAGACAUCAACGAGUGUGCAGACCCUGUGAACUGCAUCAACGGGCUCUGCGUCAACACCCCCGGCAGCUACCUGUGCAACUGCCCCCAGGACUUCGAGCUGAACCCCACUGGGGUGGGCUGUGUGGAUACCCGGGUGGGGAAUUGCUUCCUGGACACGCAGGACCGGGGGGACGGGGGCAUCUCCUGCAGCGCUGAGAUCGGCGUGGGCGUCACUCGAGCCUCCUGCUGCUGCUCCCUGGGCAGGGCCUGGGGCAACCCCUGCGAGCUCUGCCCUCCAGCCAACACCACCGAGUACAAGACCUUGUGCCCUGGGGGAGAAGGGUUCCGGCCCAACCCCAUCACUGUCAUCCUGGAGGACAUUGAUGAGUGCCAGGAGCUGCCAGGGCUGUGCCAGGGCGGGAACUGUGUCAACACCUUCGGCAGCUUCCAGUGCGAGUGUCCCCUGGGCUACUACCUGAACGAGGACACCCGGAUCUGUGAAGAUAUCGACGAGUGCUCUGCCCACAUCGGGAUCUGUGGCCCUGGCACCUGCUACAACACCCUGGGCAACUACACCUGCGUGUGCCCCCCCGAGUACAUGCAGGUCAACGGGGGCAACAACUGCAUGGACAUGAGGAAGAGCGUUUGCUACCGCAACUACAACGACACCUGCGAGAACGAGCUGUCCUUCAACAUGACCAAGAAGAUGUGCUGCUGCUCCUACAACAUUGGCAAGGCCUGGAACAAACCCUGCGAGCCCUGCCCCACCCCUGCCAGCCCCGAGUACCAGAUCCUGUGUGGGAACCAAGCCCCCGGAUUUAUCAUCGACAUCCACACGGGGAAACCCAUUGAUAUUGACGAGUGCAGCGAGAUCCCAGCGAUCUGCACCAACGGCGUCUGCAUCAACCAGAUCGGGAGCUUCCGCUGCGAGUGCCCCAUCGGCUUCAGCUACAACAACAUCCUGCUCAUCUGCGAAGACAUCGACGAGUGCAGCAGUGGGGAGACGCUGUGCCAGCGCCACGCCGAGUGCGUCAACAUCCCGGGCAGCUUCCGCUGCGAGUGCGCCACGGGAUACCGGCUGUCCCCGGGGGGGGCCUGCGUGGGUCGCAACGAGUGCCAGGAGAUCCCCAACGUCUGCAGCCACGGGGACUGCGUGGACACCGAGGGCAGCUACGUCUGCAUCUGCCACAACGGCUUCAAGGCCACCGGGGAGCAGACCAUGUGCAUGGACAUCGACGAGUGUGACCGGCAGCCCUGCGGCAACGGCACCUGCAAGAACACCGUGGGCUCCUACAACUGCCUGUGCUUCCCGGGCUUCGAGCUGACCCACAACAACGACUGCAUGGACGUGGACGAGUGCUCGUCGCUGCUGGGGCAGGUGUGCCGCAACGGGCAGUGCAUCAACAGCGUGGGCUCCUUCCAGUGCCUGUGCCAGGAGGGCUACGACCGCACGGCCGACGGCAAGAACUGCGUGGACAUCAACGAGUGCGUCAGCCUGCCCGGCACCUGCUCCCCGGGCACCUGCCAGAACCUGGAGGGCUCCUUCCGCUGCAUCUGCCCGCCCGGCUACGAGGUGCAGAACGACAACUGCAUCGACAUCAACGAGUGCGAGGAGGAGCCCAACAUUUGCCUCUUCGGGACGUGCACCAACACCCCCGGCAGCUUCCAGUGCGUGUGUCCCCCGGGCUUCGUGCUGUCCGACAACGGGCGCCGCUGCUUCGACACUCGCCAGAGCUUCUGCUUCACUCGCUUCGACAACGGGAAGUGCUCCGUGCCCAAAGCCUUCAACACCACCAAGGCUCGGUGCUGCUGCAGCAAAAUGCCGGGGGAGGGGUGGGGAGACCCCUGCGAGCUGUGCCCGCAGGAGGGCAACGUUGCUUUCCAGGAGCUGUGUCCGUACGGCCACGGCGCCAUCCCAGGCCCGGGUGACACCCGGGAAGGGAAUCGCUGCUCCCCCUCCCCUUCCCUUCCCUCCCGGUUCUGCUGGGACAGUUCGAGUGCUCUGCCUGCAAGAGCCCGGCCCAGCCCUUCCUCCUCCCCCUCCUCCUCCUCACUGCUGUGCCCCCCAGACACGGAUGAGUGCUCCAUUGGCAAUCCCUGUGGCAAUGGCACCUGCACCAACGUGGUGGGAGGCUUCGAGUGUGCCUGCGACGAGGGCUUCGAGCCGGGGCCCAUGAUGACCUGUGAAGACAUCAACGAGUGCUCCCUGAACCCCCUGCUCUGCGCCUUCCGCUGCAUCAACACCUUCGGCUCCUACGAGUGCACCUGCCCCUCUGGCUACGCCCUGCGGGAGGACAGGAGGAUGUGCAGAGAUCUGGACGAGUGUGCAGAGGGGCUGCACGACUGCGAGUCCCGGGGGAUGCUCUGCAAGAACCUCAUCGGCACCUUCAUGUGCAUCUGCCCUCCUGGCAUGCAGCGCCGGCCCGACGGCGAGGGCUGCACAGAUGAGAACGAGUGCCGGACCAAGCCCGGGAUCUGCCCCAACGGGCGCUGCGUGAACACGGCGGGCAGUUACCGCUGCGACUGCAACGAGGGCUUCGAAGUCUCUGCCUCGGGCACCGAGUGCAUCGACACCCGGCAGGGCUUCUGCUUCACCGAGGUGCUGCAGACCAUGUGCCAGAUGUCCUCCACCAACCGCAACCUGGUCACCAAGUCCGAGUGCUGCUGCAACAGCGGGCGCAGCUGGGGCCCCCAGUGCGAGCUGUGCCCCCUGCCCGGCACUGCCCACUACAAGAAGAUGUGUCCCCACGGCCCUGGCUACUCCACAGACGGCAGAGACAUCGACGAGUGCAAGGUGCUGCCCAACCUGUGCAGGAACGGGCAGUGCAUCAACAGCAUCGGCUCCUUCCGCUGCCACUGCCGGCUGGGCUACACCCCGGACAUCACGGGCACCGCCUGCCAGGAUCUGGACGAGUGUAACCAGUCCCCAAAGCCCUGCAACUUCAUCUGCAAGAACACCGAGGGCAGCUACCAGUGCUCGUGCCCCCGGGGCUACAUCCUGCAGGAGGAUGGCAAAAUCUGCAAAGACUUGGACGAGUGUUCCACCAAGCAGCACAACUGCCAGUUCCUCUGUGUCAACGUCAUCGGGGGCUUCAACUGCAAGUGUCCCCCCGGCUUCACCCAGCACCACUCGUCCUGCAUUGACAACAACGAGUGCACAGCCCAGCCCUCGCUGUGUGGAGCCAAGGGGCAGUGCCUGAACACCCCGGGCAGCUACAACUGCGAGUGCCAGAAGGGAUUUUCCCUGGACAGCUCCGGGGUCAACUGUGAAGAUGUGGACGAGUGUGACGGGAACCACCGCUGCCAGCACGGCUGCCAGAACGUGCUCGGGGGCUACCGCUGCGGCUGCCCCCAGGGCUACGUGCAGCACUACCAGUGGAACCAGUGCGUGGGUGAGUGGGGGGCACUGGGGAGGGGUCCCCUGCCCGGGGGAGGGGUCCCAUACCUCCACUGCAUCUCUGGUUUGGGAUUUGGGAAGGGUCCCUACCUGCCUGCACCCCAGGAGGAGGAUGAGGAGAACCUGCUGUCCCCCGAGACCUGCUACGAGUGCAAGAUCAACGGGUACCCCAAGCGGGGCCGGCAGCGGCGCAGCGCCAACGGCACCGAGGGGCACCAGGUGAGGAGCCAGGGCCCCCUGGGGGGCUGGGUUCAGUGCCAGAGGCACAACCAGGACACCAAGAAGCCCAAAACUGUUGCUCCCCAGAGUUAG